UUGUCGCGUUUUCUUCUUCCUUCGUCUGCUAGGAGACGUCAUAACCUUCAAAAUCUUUAGCCCAGUAGUGUCUUAAGUUUCGUUUGAUAACACGCAGCAAAAUGGGAGGUGACCACCAUCACCACGGACCCCCUUACAAAGUUCCCGACUACCGCAUCUACAAGGUGGAUGCGAACUCUCCGGAGCUGCUCCAUAUCCAAAAUGUUUUGAAGAGUGUUGGAUUGAAGGAUCCCUGGAUGAGGAAUGAAGUCUGGAGGUACCACCGUGAUAUCAUCGGCCCCCAAAACUGGUCGACGAGAUGGGGAAGAUUGUUCUUCCGCAAGUUCCCCUUGGGGCUAGCACUUGGUAUUGCAACAGCCCUCGGGUUCAAGGGAUACGAUUCCUACGUUGGCGAUGGUCAUGACGACCAUGGCCACGGUGGUCACCACUGAUCUAGGUUGGUUUUAUUGACGAUGUGAAUCUUUUGUGUAGAUGCAUGGGCUGUAGGCAAACUGUAAAUAUAUGUUCAAUUUUUGAUCCAGCCAUCUUACUUUGUUUCCAAAACAGAACAGCCCUGAUUGCAAACAGUUUUCACUUGUGGAGUUGUUUGUUUGAUAUUGUGAAAUGUUAAUGUGAAUAAUUAUUAGUUAAGAAAUUCUUCAA